AUGCAUCGUGGGGGCACAUGUACCGCAUCGAAGUCAGCCGAAAGCAAUAAUAGCUCUAACCUAGAACCACGCAAUGGACCCCCCUUCUCCAGCACACAUCAGUCCAUACAGCACCGUGAAGACAAUCUCAGCCGCCCAGAUGCAACACGGCGCACACAGAUAUAUACCGAUAAUCCUGGCCACGCGAGUCGUCUUACAGACGAGGAACGUCAGAGGCUAGAGGCACUCGCGGCAGACUCGAGCGGCGGAGCGAUCUUCGUUACGUAUGAUCUGGUGCACAGAAUAGAUACGCCCGUGGCGGAUGAGAUGCGUCGCGCGAAUGAGGCUUUGAUGCAGUACUUGUUUCAAGAUGAUAUCUGGGAGGCUAUUGAUACUGGUAAUAUCAAUGAUACAGGUACACAGGAGGAGCAUGUGAACGGGAAUGGCAAUGGAAGGCAAGGCGGCCGCGGACUGAAAUUGUCGAAUGGGACCGGAGAGGCCCACGAAGAGGAAUCGAAGCAAGAGAGGAAUGGGUAA